UGUGUCUUACUUAAAUGCCAAUUGUUUUCACGAAUCAGAUGAGGAAAAUAAAAAGGUACAUGAUAAUUGGGGAACAACCCGACCCAUCAUGAAAAGAAGAAAAUACAUAUGAAAACCAAACGAAAACAAAGUUUCUGGUCACCAAACUGCAUUACUUUCGAUUAAAAAUUAACGCGUUGCACAUACCAAUACCAGAUGGGUAUAUCAACGCAUUUCACCCUCUAAUCGGAAAACAACCAUAUUAUAAUUUAACGAAAAUUUACAACUCUCGAUUCACGAACUUGAUUGUAAUCAACUUUUCCGACCCUAGCUGAACAUACUGACUGGACAAAUUAGUAAAAUUAUCACCUUUACGAUGAUACUUCCACACAUCGUAUAUAAAAGAUUGCUACCACUAAAACCGUUAUCCAGUGCAUUUUUGAUAUCGUCUAGUUGAAACGAGUGGUAGAUCUUCAUUGUGAAGUGCCUGCUAAAUUUAUAUUUGGAAUAUAUUACAUCGAAUCGAGCAGUUUUCCGGGAGAAUUUAACAAGAGAAUAUGUUUGCAUUGAAAAUGAAAGUGUUAUUUGUUUUAAUGAUUAUUGUGGCUAUUGCGGUGGCUGGUGACUUAAAUGGAAGUCGUGAUGAUGAUGGUGAAACGGAUAUAGCUAGGAAAAAGAAAUCUAAAUUUCCAUUCCAUUUCUUGGGAUAUGGAGUUGGAAUACACGCCCUGGCUAUCUUAUACUGGCUCAAGGUCAAAGCUAUCAUAAUUUCGUUCUUCGUUGGAACAGCAGUUGUGUGGGGUUUCCGAUAUUUCGCGCAUCAUUUCAAAUCGUGCCCAGAAGUCAUUCACGAAAGCCCCAUCAUACCGAUUGAUCAUGGUUAUCACGGAUUCCACGAUCACAUUUCCUACUCGGCACCACACGAUUUUCUCGAUCACGAUCCCUAUGGCGGAUAUUCUCAUUUCUCAGAAUCAUCCCCAGAUGUGAUUGAAUCAGACUCGCCACCUCACCGUCGUCGAAUAUCCUCGAAAGGGCGAAAAAUGUCAACGGAAGAGCAAGUCAGCGACAUAAUCUUCGCUUUUCUCGGAGUCGGAUCGGAUUCGUGUCGAAAACGCUUCUUGUGCGAAAUGGAGUUUCGAUCCAAUGACAAUCCUCUAACCCAAAUGGCAUUCCGUGUUAUUGGACGUGGUAUUUUCACCAAGUACGUCCGGAAUGAGGACGAGGAGCCAAUGCCUCGUAGUUUUGCAGAAUGUGGCCAGGUACAUAGCGAUUGUAAAUUUAUCGAAGAAAAUAUCAAUAUAGACGAGACGAAUGAAAUUGAUGAAAGUGAGAAAAAUACAACGGCAUCAACGGAAAUAAUAUCACCAGAUCCGGAUCCAAGUGAACCUGCAGUGGAGUCACAGAGGCAGAUUGAUACUGUAGCGGAACGGAUUCUUUGGAGAUCGAGUCAAUAAAACACUGCCUGGCCCACAGUAUAUCACCAAUUAUCGAUGGGCUGCUAAGUAGUUUAGGUCAAGUGCAUAUUGUGUUCCGAAAAUGUUUGCACUCUCCCUUUUAGUGAGGGUAAACAAAUGAAAAGACCACGACUUGGUUCUACAAUGUUGUAUGGAAGAUAUUUUGUAAAUAGAAAUAGGGAAAUGCCAGUAAGUUAAUGUUAUUUUUAAGUAUUUAUUUAUUUAUGAAGAGAUGAAGCUAUAUUUAUAAGAAAAUAUAAAUAAUGAAAAAAUGUAUAUUACAAGAAUUCGACAUUAUGACAUUAGACCGGUCAAUGUGUGACGGCUCUUCCGGGCAAAAAUAAUUUCGAUUUUGAAUAAAAUGUUCAGUUUGCAGAUUUGA